UCUCAAUUCCUCGCGUCAUCAUUCAAUCAUCUCUUCUAGACAUCUACCCUCCUAAUCCACCAGUGAUAGGCCAUAAAAUUCAAAUGCGUUUGGUCAAUAUGGAGAAAGCACAUGAGGGCGUCAUUGACAAACCUCUAGAUUCCUUAGGUAUUGACAACCACUCUUCAGAUCAAAGGGCCUUACAAAUCGCGACCGGGCUGAAUACAAUAUCCGUCACUAUGUCACGAUGGGCAGGACUGGAACCAUCAAAUACGCUGUGAUGACGGCGAUUAUCGUAAUUUAUCCAAAUCCUUGACGCGAUGAUAACUAGAAAGGCAAUUGAUAUCAGUUGACCUAUUCGCGACUCUUCAUGGCUGGUAGUAUCCCACUUGGUUCUUGGUAGAAACCACGAACCAGACCAAAUCAUCAGUUGUUCGAUUAUUAUCACGAUGCUCAGACAGGCAAUUCGUUCAGCAGGGUUCCGAGGCUCUAGGGCCUGGCCAACGUCUACACUACCCGCUCGAGCACCACUCGUGCGCCCCUACUCCGAUCAGAUCAUGUCGAAUAGUUUACUAAGGUCAAGGCCAAGGUCAAGCGGUAAGACUAUCCGAGAUCAUCGCUCUCCAAACGACACGGCCCAGACUUUCAGUCAAAUGGACAGCAUCUCGUCCAUAAUUCACCAUGACCACAGACAGAUUGAGAAAUAUUAUAGUAAAAUUAUCAACUCAAAGGAUCCCGACGUUCAACGCCGAUACCAAAAUGCCUUCGUGUGGGAAUUAGCUAGGCAUUCAAUAGCCGAGGAGAUGGUUGUAUAUCCUUCAAUGGAAACUGGUGUCAACGACGGUAGAGAGAUGGCCGACAAGGACAGAGCGGAGCACCAAGUGACUAAAGAACAACUCUACAAAUUCCAGAACUUGAAACCCAGCGACAGCGACUUCAUUCCCACACUUGAAUCGCUCAUGCGAGACUUAAAAAUUCAUAUCAAAGAGGAGGAAGAGCAUGAUCUUGUUAAGUUAGAGGAAGCAUUGCUUCCGUCGAGAUCGAAGGAUCUAGCCCAGCAGUUCGAAAUGACGAAGGCGUUCAUCCCAACUCGCAGCCACCCUAGCGCCCCUAAUAAGCCGCCCUACGAAACUUGGGCAGGCCUAGUGACGGCGCCGUUGGAUAAGAUUCGCGAUAUAUUCCGCGCCUGGCCUGAUGAGCCUAGUCCGAAGCCGUCUUCGGGUGGACCGGCAAGAUAAUACCUGCGAGCAUUUUUAGACGCACGUCUAGACCCGGUUCAGACGGUUCGGCGACGCUUUGGUGAACGUUACAGAGAUGUAAAUGUCGAUGGUGAUUUUCGGUUUGGUUAGACGGUUAAAUAUGUCUAGGCAUCAGAUUUUCUCUAGCCCUACGUUCAGUAUCUACUUUAUAUUAAAGCUCCUAGAACUAUCGUUCCGUACGCUAAAGACGAGCUAAGAGCCUGAAACCACGCAAUUUGCAUAUUACAUUUAAAAAUAACAGCAAAUUCAAUUGGUUAACCAUGGUCCCUUCGUAUCUAGUUUCCAGGUUCGUGGAGUGUUGUGUAGGAUGAUUCGACCUAUACAAUUUAGCCGGUUCCACGACAGCUUUG